AUGAACGGUCCAGUUGCUUCGAACCUGGUGUUGCUGGGAGAACUGGACAAGUGCGCACUGGGGACGAAGGUGCGCUUCCUGGGGUGUGUUGAUGAAUAUGUUCUCAAAAGCGCGACCCUGCGGUUGAAGCACAACUAUCCGCCUUCCAAUUCACCAAAGAUCGCAAACGUAAACAUUGAACAUGUGCUCGAGUCAAUCAAGCGACAUGAAGUUGACAUUGGAUCUUGGAUCAACGUGAUAGGCUACAUCGAACGCCGCAAAGAGAAGGGCAUCCACGUUCAGGCGAUCGCAGUCUGGGAUGCAGGCAACGUCAACGUGGACGCAUACCAGAGGGCAGUUGAGAAGAGGAAAGAUACUGGUUGA